CGCUGCCUUUUACCCUAAAAAGAUGUACUCAUGUCCUUCAUAAACCCUCCUCUGCAUCAGUCCCUUUCAGCCUCCAACGCUCUCUGUCUUGAGUGCUUGUGACUUGUGAGGGAGAAAGGGGCUCGAGAGAGAGAGAGGGAGAGGGAGAGGGAGAGGGAGAAGGAGGGCCUGGUUUUGCUUCAUUCAACAGGGCUUUUCUUUGUUUUGAUUGAUUUUCUUGAUUCAUUUGUUAUAAAUUUUGUUGGCAAAGGAUUUGUAUUUUCUCUCCUUCACUUCAUCAUCAACCAUCAAGAACCAGUGUGGACAUAACAAUCUCUCAAAGAUUAAAAAAGACAAAAAGGACAGGGGCCAAGUUAUUUUUUUUCUUCCAUUGAGAUGGCACCGAGCUUUGACCGCGCAGUUUCAAGCCUUCUCUGUGUUGAAGACAGCACAAGUGUCUUCGGCGAUUACGACGGUGAUGGGGCUGUGGAGGAGGACUUUGAGGCCACGUGGGACCAUCGGAGCCAUCGAGGGCAUCAUCAAGACCGUUGCUUUGAGGGUAGAGACGAGCUGUUGCCGAUGCAGAGCGAGGAGUGUUUCGCUGUGUUGCUGGAGAAAGAGCGCCAGCAUUUGCCUGGAUUUGAUUACUUGCACAGAUUGAGAAAUGGGGAUUUGGACUUGGGAGCUAGAGCUGAGGCUGUUGAUUGGAUGGGCAAGGUUCAUGCCCAUUUCAGCUUUGGACCACUGUCGGCCUAUUUAUCAGUGAACUACUUGGAUAGGUUCCUCUCGGCCUAUGAGUUGCCUAAAGGUAAAGCUUGGAUGACGCAGUUGUUGGCUGUGGCAUGCUUAUCUCUAGCUGCCAAAAUGGAGGAAACUGAAGUGCCUCUUUCUCUAGAUUUGCAGGUUGGUGAAUCAAAGUUUGUGUUUGAAGCUAGAACAAUUCAGAGAAUGGAACUCCUAGUGUUGAGUACGUUGGGCUGGAGAAUGCAAGCCGUGACCCCUUUCUCCUAUUUAGAUCAUUUCCUUCGCAAGAUCAAUGGUGGAAACGUGCCUCUCCGAACAUUGAUUUCACGAUCGGUCCAACUCAUAUUGAGUAUCACGAAAGGGGUUGAUUUCGUAGAGUUCAGGCCUUCUGAAGUCGCAGCAGCAGUUGCGAUAACCGUUGCAAGAGAGAACCAAUUAAUGGACAUUGAGGAGGCAACUUCUGUUCUCACUCAGCAUGUGAGAAAGGAGAGGGUCCUGAAGUGCAUUGAGCUAAUUUCCGACAUGGCAUUGAGUGUUGGGCUCCCUAAAAGUGGCACUUCAGUUUCCUCUGUGCCUCAGAGUCCAAUUGGGGUACUGGAUGCUGCUUGCUUGAGCUACAAAAGCGACGAAACAGCACUCAGGUUGGGCGCAAAUUCCUCGCACAAUAGCCCAGACCCUAAAAGGAGGCGGACGUAGUGAUCCCAAAAGUUGCUGUUAACUGUUGUUGGGUCGUGAAAGCCGGGUUUAUUUCUCAUCUACAAGGGAUGAACUUGAUUUUUGUAUGUAAAGGUGUGUAUACUGAAAUGCACCAGCAAGAAUGUUACAACACAACAGAAAAGAAAAGGGAAGAGGUCAGAGAAAUGGGUUGGAAAAGAAUUGGGGAAGACAAAAUCUAUGGAUCAUGUGUAAUGGAGGAGUUCUGAAUAAGCUGGGUCAUGAGUUGGAGGAUGCAGAAAUGGCAUGACAGUGUGUGUUCAUACUCUUGGUUUGAAAUGGGAGUUUUGACACCAGCUGUUAAAUAUUAGACUUCUUAGCAGCUUGGUAAGGACUCAAGGAGGAGAUGAGCAAAAAGAUAUGUGUUGGUUGUGAAAUACAUUUUUAUUUAAUUUUUUUUUUCGAUUUGAUUUUUUCUCUGUUUGCUUA